AUGGAUUCAACUCGAACAGUCUCUGAGCUGAAGUCUGCAUUCAUUAGGAGUCAAGUUCGCGUCUUCUCCGAAACUCUCAAUCUACCCGAAAAUUGGCGCAACUAUGCCCCUCCAACCGAGGAAGGUGAUCUGAGUGACAAGGUCAUUGAAGAUGUUUUACACAAAGUGAAUGCGGCUGCUAAACAACAUAACCGAGUUGUUUAUUCCUCUCAGGCUAUACAUCAUGUAGCCCAACAGAUUGCGAGCCUUUACUGGUCUGCCGUCAGUCAAGAUGCACGCAGUGAUGCAGCUUUUGCGCAUGGUAUAGAAAGGACCACGGAUUUGUCGAGACAAAUGAAUAUCGCAAAAAUGCCCGUCGACCUGGAAGGUUUGGAAGCAAGCGAAGAUGAGCACAUAAGUUACCGGCAACUCCGUGAGCGACUCACAACCCUCGAUACACAACGACAGCAGCGCCAACGACGCCUAGAUCAAUUACAACAUAUGCGGCGCUUGCUUGAACCGUUUGAAGAUCCGCAGAAGGAUAUCCAGCCAAAUCUCAUCACCAGGGAUGGAGAGCUUGUUCAAGAACUUGAAAAAAUGCGCAUGCUGGUGGCUAGAGUUGGGGGCAGGAUUGCACAGCAGAAAAGAAACAGCGGUGUCCCUGAAAACACAAGCUACUCGCUUCCAGGCUCUGGUCAGAGAUUGGAGGAACUGAUGGAUAUGUCUUUAUGA